CAGUCUCGUGCACUGGUGCUGGAAUUACAAAUCUAAUAACAUGAGGACUGGAGCUGCAUUAAAGCCUGGAUUUCUGUCUCGUGCCUAAUCACCGAACUGUAUAACGGUCUGUGGAUGCAUUAAUAAAUAAAGACGGGCGGAUUUUUUCCCUCCACACUGAGCCAGAGCGCUGAGCGGAUGAAGAGUGAGCGUUAGCGUUGCGCGUUGCCUUUACAGAUGCACUGCUCAACACCAAGUAUGAAGACGAGGCAAACUCUGCGAUCUUCAUCCUACUUGCUGUAGGAUGCAUGGAGAAAACCUGGAAUACCCUAUGACUUUUAUUGCUAGACUGGAAGAAGCAAAAUUAUAUUCCAGCAGUCGAAGAUGAAGAAAAUUAGUCAAGACACCUGACAUAACGCGACAUGGACGUCAUCUGGAGCUCGUCAAGUGUGUGUGUGUGUAUGUGAGUGAGUGUGUGUGUGAGAGAGAGAGCAUGAUCUGCUUGGGAGAAAUCUAUAAAGUUGACGGACUUGCUUUAUAUUUGGUUAAUUGCGCCAAUAUUCAGUAAAGAUGGAGCGGAUGAAGGCGCGCGCCUGAAGCUAUUUGGAGUCUGAAGAAACACAAGCACCGUCGAGAAACAUGGCUCGCCUCUUCGUUCUGCUUAACUCUGUCGCACUGUUGCUUUUUGGCACUGACAUGUUUUUGGUCGGAGCAAACCGCCCACCUGCUCCAGUCAACGUGUCAGUCAUGAAUCUGAGAGCUGAUUCAGCCACAGUGACCUGGGAAGUUCCAGAGGGGGAUAUCAUUAUUGGCUUCUCAGUCCUACAGCAGAAGCAGGAUGGUCACAUGCAGCGGUUUAUCCGGGAGAUAAACACCACCAGCAGGGCCUGUGUGCUUUGGGACCUGGAGGAGGAGACGGACUACAUAGUCCAGGUCCAGUCUAUUGGCCUGUAUGGAGAAAGUCAGGCCAGCAAGCGUAUCCACUUUAAAACCCUCAAGAAGUCAGACCGCUUCCCUUCCAAUAGCUCGAACCAAGAUGAUCCAACUGUUGAAGGUCUGGACAAGUCUAGAAACCUACAAACAGGAGAGAUGAUCAUCAUUGUGGUGGUGCUGCUUAUGUGGGCAGCGGUCAUCGCACUGUUCUGCCGGCAGUAUGACAUUAUCAAGGACAACGAUAACAGUAACAGCAAAGAGAAGGUGAAGCCGUUGUCUGAGAGGAGCACACCGGAGCACCACAGCGGAGGACUGCUCAGGAGCAAGUUUCAUCAGUCUGUGCCAUCUAUCAACAUCAUAGAGGUCUAAUCGGACGAGUGAAGAUGGCUGCUCUUCCCCUUGUUAACAUGAUGCUACAUUGCUGUAAUCCUUCUCCACCACAGAGCCAGGAUGCCAUGUGCAAGGAACCAUUAAUCGCACUGUCUUCCACUGCAGCUAGAACUUUUCAUCCCACACGCAUGCUCAAUGUGUAAAAAAAGAGAGUCUAUUCCUGUAGGGUAACUGUAAAUAAAGUAAAGUAGAGCUGUAUUAAGGGAGCUCAUUCCCACUGCUUUUAUGUUCAUUCAGUGUGAUUGCAGUGCACACUUUUCAUUCUGAGAUCCUGCGACUACAUUGUAUUUUUGAUAUGGUAUUGUGUGGUCCUGUGAAAGGCUAUUGUAGAAGAACAGUUUUUUGUUUUUUGUAGAAGAACAGUAUGAUUCCACGUUUGUACAUGUGUACGUACUUGCGCAUGUGCGUGUGUGUGUGUGUGUGUGUGUGUGUGUGUGUGUGUGUGUGUGUGUGUGUGAGUGCCCCUUUCAUAGCCCCUCAAACUGUUGAAUGAAGCAAAGUGUGCAUUCUGGGACAUAAUUUAAGUAUGCUCUUGUGCCAUCAUGGCCAAAAAUAAAGAUGCUCAAAGGCUCAGCACAUGUUCCUUCUAAGUUUUCUUAGAAAAUACCUAUAGAAAGAUUAGAAGGAAGUGUCACUGAUGUGUCAGAUAUACAAUGAAGGUACAUUUGAUUUGAAUACAGCAGAACUGAUUACAACUUGAACAAAAAUGCAUUGUUUGCACUUAACGUACACACACACAGACACACACAUAUAUAUAUGGAUAGUUUUGGUAACAUUUUGCAUUAAGGCACCCAUAACUAGCAUAAUUUUAGCUUUGUAAAUGUAGCAUCAAUACACCAUAAGUAAUGUUAAAUAUGUAAUUAAUGCCUUUUUAAAAAUAAUAAUAAUGAUGAUGAAGCAAAUAAACCAAAUAAUAUCUUCACUGAGUAAUGUUUAUUUCAUCUGUAUAUAAAAAUGUAUCAAUGCAGUUCAAUUUGAAUAAAGCCUGUAUUAAUGUU